AUGUCCAAUCAAUCGUUAACUUUAACAUAUGCCCUGGUACCUCCUCAUUCUAGAGAGUCUCAAGAUACUCAUAUUUUACCAAUUACCAAAAUAUUAUAUCCAAAUCAGUCCCAUUUAAAGAACCCAGGGGACAAUACAAUCUCCAAUGAUGAUUUCUAUUACUUGACAUGUUCACGGGACGGUUCCAUUAUAAAACAUAAUUGCAAUUUCGAUGGUGUACCAAUUAAUAAUAAACGUAUGCUAACACACUCGGAUUGGGUUACCGACAUCAUAUGGGGCCCCAACAUGGAUACUUUUAUCACCGUCUCCAAUGAUUUCUCCAUCGUUUUGCAUCUAUUAAAUAAUUCAUUAGGCACUUGGGAUAUUAAAAUCACCGGUGACCAUGAUGAUUAUAUUAAAGCAAUCGUACACGUCAAGAGUAGCGAUGAUGCAGAAAAUUUUAUAUUUGCCACUGGUGGGUUGGAUAAACUGGUUAAAGUUUGGUCGUUGAACAAAUUAAAUAAUGAAGUCACAUUGGCUCAUACGUUUGAUAAUUCACAGAUCAAUGAAACUGGUUCAAUUUAUUGCAUGUCGUCCCCACAAGAAAAUCCAUUUGAAAUUCCAUAUGAUUUAAUUGUUGGUGAUUGUAACGGGAAUUUGAUAUUUUAUUCAUGCCAAUCAAUUAAAGAAGUUUAUAGACUGAAAAAUGUACACAAAAGCAAUAUCAAAUGCAUGAAAGUGUUGGAUCAUUCUACAAGAUUAAUAACUGCUGGUGCAGAUGGUUGUAUAAUAAUAUGGGAUAUUACAAUAAAUGAUGGACCUCCCAAAAAAUUGGGCCAUUAUAAAUGGAAACAUUUAGUUUGGUCAAUCUAUGGUGAAUCUCUGGAUGAUUUAUUUAUUGGUGAUUCAUCAGGCUCAUUAGAAAGAGUUAGUUUUACUGAUUUGAAAAAACCAGAAAUGCUAACAAUAUUUGAUCCAAACAAUUCAAAUCCUCAUCGUAAUCAUCAUUCUGAAGACCCCAAUUCAACAAAUAACAACAACACGAAUAGUAAUACUAAUAAUAAUAACCAAUCUAUUGCCAGUCUAAAUAAAAAAACGGGUGGUAUUUUGGAUAUUUGUGUUCUACCAACUACUAAUACUAUUUUAUUUUCAUUUUCUUCUGAUUCAAACUUGAAUAAAUUGGAUUUAAAUUCUAAGAAUUUAACUAUUAAGAAAGGUGGGUUUGCCUUAAUUAGAUCUUCAUUACUGACAAACAGAAGACAUGUUAUAACAGAAAAUACAAAGGGACAAAUUCAAAGAUGGGAUAUUAUUUCUUGCCAAUUAUUAAACACUUUCCCACCAAUCGAAGGAAGUUUUGAUGAAAUCGUAAUGAAAUAUACUUCCAAGGAAAUUUUAAAUCAUUGGUGUGUUGUGUCCAUUAAAGUAGGUAUGCUAUUUAUUAAAUUAAGCCCGAGAUUCUUAAACACUGAAAUUUAUGGUUCAGCUCUAAAAAAUUACAAUAUAAUUAAUAACAUUCAUGUCAAUGAUGAUGAAAGAUAUAAUGUCGGUAGAAUCCUUGUAAAUUCUUUAUUCAAUGAAUUUAUCUCUUAUGAAAUCGCAAAGGAUAAACUUUAUAGAAAGGCAAUUAUUUCCAAGAAAAAAGAUACUUUCUUCCAAAAUAACAAUAACAAUCCAACAAAUCUAAACCCAAAUCAAAGUUCAAAUUUAAACCCAAAUCAACCUUCAGGUAUAAUAAAUAAUCAAACUACACAUUUACCGUCUAGUCCAAAUGUUUGCAAUUUUGCCAAUUCAAAUAGCUCUUCAGAAUCUUUUAGAGAUAGGAAAAAGAGCCAACCUCCAUCAUCAUCACCAUCAGCAUCUCCUUAUUUCUUUAGAAGAAGUUCAACACCAUCACAUAAGACACCAACAGUUGCUGGCAAUUUAUCAAACAACUUGUACUCACAAACUCGAGAACAUAAUACGGCUACUACAAACUCUAAUGUAAAUGUAAAUCACUUAUCGUACCGCCUAGACAAUAGUACAAACAAUACCUAUGAUGAUACUCUUAUUUCAACACCAAACAAUUCCUUCCAUGAAAAUUCAGCUAAUACUACUCCAAAUAAGCCAACAUUUUCUUUACCAACAUCUCCCACUAUUGCUCAUACUCAUGGUCCUCCAAUGAGUGCUAAUCCUAAGAAUUUAACAAUUAAUACUAUGAGUUAUUCAACAGACUUAAAGACAUUAGGUGACCCCAAGAAUGGUAUGCAUCAUGAAAGAUUAGAAUCUCCUCUAAAUACCCCUCAAGCAAAUUAUCAAUCUCAAGGAAAUAUAACAUCUCCUGCUCUUAUAGGUAAAAAAAUAGGCUUGUUUAACAAUGAUCAUUCACCUUCUGCUACGACUCCUUCUGGUGCACACUUGAGGUCACUUUCAACUGGUGAAAAUAUUCCAAUUUAUUCCCCAACUCCAAAUUUAAUUAAUAAUGAUAAAUUGAUUGAUGCCACAGAUCGUUCAUUUGGGACUCCAUUAGACUCCAAUCAUAAUAGCAUAUAUACCAAUAAUGCAAGUAAUGACUUUAGUAGUAAUGCCCCCUCAUUACCGGGUGAAACUGAUUUUGAAUCUUCCAGGGAUUCUAGUUUAGGGCCAUUGCCUACAGAAACUCCCGUAAUGCAAAGAUAUGAGAGUGCCCUUUCAUUAGCUGCUGCAAAUAACAGGGCUAAAAACAAUGAAAUUAAAAAAGUCAAUUCCUAUAUGUCUAUGGAUAUUAAAGUUACAAAUUCAAAAUCAAAAGAAGAAUAUAUGAGCGAUUUAAUUAAUCGAAUGCAUGAAAAUUAUAGAACUCAAAUCACAAGCAAUUCUUCAACUUUAAAAAUUUUGUCUAAAAAAUUACCAGAUACCAAAAUUACUAGAGAUUUAACCUCCCCAAUAAUUGAAGUUAAAUCUAGUACAUUAAUUAUUAUUCAGAGUUGGACUCCAAAUUGUUGUGGCGGCCGUGUUGUGUUUACAACUCCAUUACCACCUUCAAGAGUAUCCUUAUCCGGGAAAGAAGUGUCAAGAAAGUUAAGUGGAUCAGGAAAUAAUGCAAUUCCUGAAGAAGAAAUCAACAAUGAUACAUCAAUGAUAAAUGAUGUCGAAAAACUAAACACUUAUGAUUUUCUAGAUUAUGAGAAUGGUAAUGCCGUUAAUCGUCGGUCAGUCUUUGAACAAUUAGAAGCAAAUCUACCAUACUGGUUUGGUAAGGUGUUAUUAAAUGAUGCAAAGGUUGUAAAAGCCCAAAAGAAAUUAAAUUUUAUUAUUGAAAUUUGGUCACCACAUAAUGAUGCUUCUCAUGAUAAUACUACAAAGAAACACAUAGAGGAAACUACUAAAAACAGUUCAACAUAUCACAGUAUGUUGAAAUUUGCUAGAUCAAAAUCUAAUGGUGGAUUGACGGAAACGGAUUUGCCAAAAAUUCAAGAAAAUAAUACCAAGCUGAUUGCUCCUGAAAUGAUAAAGGUUAAGAAAAUUAAGCUCUACAUUAUUGAUAGAUUUGAAGGUAAAACACCUGAAAUGCGUAAUAAGACAGAUCCAAAUGAAUGGCUAGAAUUGCUAUGCAGAGGCAAAGUUUUAGACAACGAAAUGACAUUAAAUUCUGUGAAAACCUUAUACUGGAAGUCCCAGAAUGAUAUUGUUAUCCAAUAUAGAAGAAAACCAGCAUGUUGA